GCUAGUGCCCCAAGCUGGGAGCCAAUGUAGCCCAGGUACCUUCAGACAGUGCCAAAGUACCAGAGGUACCGGCCGUCCACUUGUGUGCAACCCACUCACUCCGCCCUCCCUCCUUCACUUGCUGCUACCCUCGGUGCCUCUCUUGCUGCGUCUUCUUGCCCUCUUGCUCCUUGUGCUUCCGCAACUCUCGAUCCCCAAGGCACCACCACAGAAGCCUUCGUCUGUUGGGAAUCUCUCUCGUUUUCUUGACCCUGCCGUAGCCCGCCCGUGCUGCCCUCGCCUUGCUUCUGCCUUCGAACGCUUCGCUUCUGUCUCCAGCCAGAGAUCCCUUUUGCGGAACGACGACCGGCUGAUCGACCGACUCCAUUGAAUGACAGCCUCCCAACACACACGAAUCUCUCCGCUUUCCGCUUCACAGCUGGGUGAAUUGAACCUGCCGCCGAUUCGAGAUUUGGAUUCCGGCAACAAAACAAGUUGGAAACACUGAGCAAGACGGCGAGGAGGUCUUUCUACCCUCUUCCUAGCCCGACCGCUCGUGUCGAAAACAAGGGGUUCAACUCGAGCUUUCUUGGGUAACCGGGAACCAUCCAUCGCUUGCCUCAGCUUCUUCGUCAUAUGUCUUGAACGUGACUCUUCACCUGAGUUUGGACAAACUUGGCUUUGCAUUGUUGCACACUGGAUUCGCAACACACUUCUUUGCUCAACGGGUCUCUUAAAGGCCCUAGGGGGUUUUGCUUCUUUUGAACACCCACCUUUUUACCAUACACGCAAUACGCUUUGGAAUAGUUACACCUCAUCAUCCUGGCCGACGAAACGCGCAGUCGACCGAACCCCCUUUCUAGCUCGCAAUCUCGGCAAAGCAUAAUAUAGACACGGGUACACACAACGGACAGCAACGGAUAGGGGACAGGAACGAGGAAUACGCUGGGAACCGUGGGGAGGAGUGGACGCUAUUCGCGUGGUCGAGACAGCAAAAUGGUGUUCAACGUGCCCGAUGGUGGCCUGUCGCUGGAUAGCUCAGCCAGGGCCAUGGCUGGGCUUCCGGCGCAGGCCUUCGGAAUUACUUUGAGCAAUAGUGUCAUCGAAGACAUGAUUGCUUGUGUUCAAAAUGGAGGGGAUAUUGAGCUAUCGUUGGGGUCCAAUCCGGCUUUUCUCUUCAGCGAUCAUGAAGUCAAAAUUCCAAACUCUCCCGAUUCUUACGAUUACGAUCUGUACUAUUCCGACGCAGUUUCUCCAAGAUCGCUCAAGAAGCUACCAAAUCCUGCAAUGGGUGUCUUCAAGCCCCCACGGGUCUCUAGACCUGCCGCCAAGAAGCUGGCUUCGAAAGCUCCAGUCCAAAAGACAAGCUCCAGCAAUACGACUCCAAUUUCAAGCAACGAGGCCGACGAUGCUAUUGCCAACCUCAAAAGCUCACUGGCCCGGAAGGAAGCAGAGAAGAAUACUGCUGUCGUGGUCAGUGGGUUGAUGAACUCGAAAGGCAAGGUCAAACCCCCAAACCGGUUGCUCGACAACGCAUCCCCCAGGUCUCUUCCGCCAAGUCCUGCGCUCAGCGGAGUUCGAUCACCCUCUCUCGCACCAGGCGGCUCUGCCCUUGAUCAAGUCAAGCAACAUACAUUCCCAAUCAUUCACCAGUUGGCCGUAUCGGAGCAGAGCUUCGAGGACCUUUUUGCGCAGUGGAGUGAGGGCAGCGAAGACGAGUUCAGAGUCGCGCUGGACAAGGUUGCCGAUUUCGACAACAACAUCCAGAAAUGGACUCUGAGAAAGCGAUACUGGAAGGAACUGGACGUCUUCGAGUACGAUUAUGCCAAGGAGGAAGACCGACAAACAGCCAUCAACAAUGCGGUGAAGCAGUUCGAUCGUAUGCGAGUUGGAGUUACCGACCCUAUCUGGCAAAAGCUUCUACCGGUGGCGGAGCGCGGAAAGGGGAUAUGCCUGAGCAAACUGCAAGCCAAUUUCGCCAAAGGCCCGACAGUCCCGAAACCAAAGCCGGACGGAGCCAACGGAAGCGGAUCAGAGAGAGAGGACGCUGCGGUCUUGAAGAAAGGAAAAGGGGGCGAGCCCAUGUCAAGAUCAAGCUCCCAAGCUUCAGCUGCUGGCAAGAAGAAGCCCUCGGCAUCGGAGGCCCAAGCGAAGCGUCUCACAUCCACUACCAAGAAGACCGCACCCGCCAAAGCAUCGACGAAAGCAUCUCCGACCAAGCCUCAAGCCAAGGCGGCAGCCAGCAAGGGCGGGCGCGGACCUCUUUCCGAAGAAUUUGUGAAGGACUCGGACAGCGAGGAGGAGCCUUUGGCUAAAUCCAAAGCUGUAGCUGCCGUAGCUCCCAGGCCAGUCAAGGCUGCUCCUGCCCCGGCCGUGAAGUCAAAGGCGGCCGCCGCUGCCAAGACGGUACCCAAGGAAACCGAGAAGGACACCAUCCGAGCCGAAGUUGUCGCAAAGCCAACCAAGGCCACCAAGCCUGCGGCGAAGCGACCGCGCGAUGCCGACGAGGACGACAGCUCGAGCUCAGGUACGCCGCUCAGCAAGCGCGUCAAGGCCGGCAGCAAGGCACCCACCACGGGUGCCAACUCGACGAAGCCACGGACCGUUUCGGACGCCAGCCAGAACGGUCGUCCAAGCUCCUCGGCGCCCAAGGCGAAGAACACUUCGCCGACCAAAUCGUCGCCUCUGGCGACCCCACCACAGAAUGCGUCCGAGGUGGAACAGGAGCGCCUGGCUCGUGCCAGGUCCGCCGAGCGAGAAAGGGAGCGCGAGCAAGCGCAAAUCCAGGCGCUGAAGAGGGACCGGGAGCGCGAGCGGGAACGUGAACGCGAACGGGUCGAGAAGGAACGGGAACGCGAGCGCAACCGCGAGAGGGCCGAAAAGGAGCGUGAGCGUGGCCGCGGCGAGAGAGCCAGAGAGCUGGGACGAGACCGGCCUCGGGCCCGCGAGCCGAGCCGGGACACCAUCAUCAGCAGUGCCAGCAGCAAUGCUGACAGCACGAUUGGCGUCCCGGUUGUUGGCAGGAAGAGGCCGGCGCCGGUGGACUCCUACUCGGAGAACCACCACCAUGCGGCGAAGCGGAUGCGGGUGUCGGCCGAGGUGCUGACCAAGGCACAGGAGUUCAAGCAGGCGUACCAGCGGUACUUGCAGCUGCAUGAGGAGCUCAACGGGUGGGAUUCCCCGCCAGAGUCGAAACUGCACGAUUUUGUCGAGAUGCACGAUCGGUUGCAGAGGAUGAAGAGGGCUAUUUAUCAGGAUGUUGGGGAGGGUUGAAGGAUAAUUUCAUGACAGAGACACAGGAUGUCAUGUUUUGGAAGGAGUGAGGGAUGAUAUACAAAAUUUGGCGGCAGGGGAAAAUGGAGUUAAAAAAAAAACGAGAAUAUCACGACUUGAAAGUGUCUUUUUGAUAUUUGGGUGUUUUUUUUGUCCGUCAUUUAAUCAGGGAUUUGGGGGGGCAGGCAGGCAGACUACAACAUCGAACAACAACAUCAGUCAUCAGUUGCAUGAGAUCAUUUUUGGGCGUUUUUUGUUGUUUCUUUUUCGUCAUGUUGCAAUUUGGUUUGUUUGUUUUAUUUUGGUACAUUGGGUUCAUUUGGCUGAUGGUCACAAAUAUGAGGAGAGGGGGAUGUGAUGACUUGAUGCCGGUUAUGCCUUGCAGAUUUGGAGAAGAGGUGGUGGAUAGUAGGUGAUUUUGAUACCCCUGGGUUUUGAUGGAGGAAGAGAGAAGAGAGCGGUGGGGGGAG